AUGGCUCCAUCAGCGGAGGAUUUUGGGCGGGAGCUGGAGGCCACGGCCCAGGAAGUGCUGGGGAGAUUGCAGAGCCGACAGCUGUUCCAGUCCCCGUGGGACACGGCUGCCUUCGUCGUCUUCUUCACCUUCGUGGGCACCGUGCUCGUCCUGCUGCUGCUGGUCAUCGUCCGCUGUUGCUGCUGCUGUAACUCCCCCAGGUCCCAGGUGAGCCCCGUGAAGAGGAGCCCCAAGGGGUUGGACAACUUGGCCCUGGAGCCCUAA